UAGGGCCAUUAUAUAAAGUAAAUAUUAUAGGGGGAAAGAAGCGAGUGGUGAGAAUGUUGAAAACGAUACAAUAGACGACUCGUUGUCUCGUUGCAUUGAAUUAAGAGAGCCCCACCACAUUCACCCCAACGGCCAUCUCCGUCUUCUUCGAUCCCUCCACAUCCCCAUUUUCCGACAUUAAAGCCCUCACCUCAAAACUUCACAACUCAAACGACCUACGAAGAAGAAGAAUGUCGAACAAAUCCCCUGUUUUCCCCAUCCCCGACUCUCAACAUUUCAGCGACUAUGGCUUUAACUACUUUCAGGUUAUGGAAGAAGCGAGGAAGCACAAGAGAGAAACGUCGACGAAGUCAUCCAUCAUCAACAGUCUUCACUUCAAGAUCCAGAAACCCAUUUCGAAAGAUGACCCGACCCGGUCCACAAUGCAGCACAACAACAAGAGGAAGAAAAAGUGGUGGUGGAAGAAAGCUUUACCCUUUUUCAAGUGGCGUAAAUGGCCAAUCUCCACCGUCGCCGCCGUCAGUGACGAAGAUCGUAGGGUCAGGAACUUUCGCGCCGUAACCGGUUCGAUGUCGAUGUCGAGUCCGGUUUACUCGAUUGAGAGUCGAACCGGGUCGAACACGCCAUACCGUACGACGACGACGAGUAGACCUUCGUCGGGACCUAUAGCGGGAACAAUGACGCCGGCAAGAAAAGGUCACGUGGCGUUCCCAUAUUUGAGUCUACGGGAGGUUAACAUGGAGCAGCAGCAGAGGAUCUCUAUCUCUUCCUCUCCCAUUUACUUGGUCACGUAAAAGUUAUUAUAGUAAAUUUAGUAACCAGGACAGUGUGAUGUUUUUAAAAUCUUUUAUACAAUUGGUGAAAGCUGUAAAGUUUCAUCGGUCUCACGUGAGGCAAUAUUAGCAUUCUGUUAAAUCGAUUAUAGAUCAAUAACAUCUUAAAUUAUAUUUUA